CCGAGUCACAUGUUGUUUUGCUCUUCUUAGUUCAGUCACUCGGUGCGCGAUGUGUUACUCACUGUGCGGCGGGGACCGCGACAAGCCCGGGUCGCCGUUGGCAGCAGCAGAGGCAGCAGCAGCAGCCCCGGCGGCGGCACGGACCUCGAGUGCCCAGGCGCACCCCGGCACCCCAGAGCGCGGUGCGGCGGCAGGACCCGUGUGGCCGCGCGAGCUUUAGGCUCGGCUCCGCGGCUCAGGGACCCCGACUCUCGACUCAGCCAGCGAGUCCCCAGGCGCCGCCCGGGAGGCAGCGGCUGCGGGCAGCCGGGCCAGGGGGCGGCCACCGCCGGAGCUGGGCAUCCUCUGGGGCCGCGGAGGGCGCUGCGCCACCGCGCGGUACCGGCCCCCGCGGGCCUCCCCGAACCUUCCCCAUCUCCUGGGCCCAAGGGACGCGGACUCCGGCGGGCGAGCAGGGGUGGAGGGAGCCGCCCCUGCCCGCACCCCCUCCGCUCCCCCGAGCCCCUCCACGCCGGGCCGGGCGGCGCGGCCUGAAGUGCCAGCGAUGGCGAGCCCGCCGCUGCACGGCGCCCCCGGGCCGGCGGGCGGCGACGGCCCCAACCUCAACAACAACAACAACAACAACAACCACAGCGUGCGCAAGUGCGGCUACCUGCGCAAGCAGAAGCACGGACACAAGCGCUUCUUCGUGCUGCGCGGCCCCGGCGCGGGCGGCGACGAGGCAACGGCGACAGCGGGCGGGGGUCCGGCGCCGCUGCCGCCGCGGCUCGAGUACUACGAAAGCGAGAAGAAGUGGCGGAGCAAGGCGAGCGCCCCGAAGCGGGUCAUCUCGCUCGACUGCUGUCUGAACAUCAACAAGCGCGCCGACGCCAAGCACAAGUACCUGAUCGCCCUCUACACCAAGGACGAGUACUUCGCCGUGGCGGCCGAGAACGAGCAGGAGCAGGAGGGCUGGUACCGCGCGCUCACCGACCUGGUCAGCGAGGGCCGCGCGGGUGCCGGCGACGCGCCCCUCGCUACCGCCACCGCCGGGUCCUGCAGCGCCUCCUUGCCCGGAGCCCUGGGCGGUUCAGCCGGCGCCGAUGACAGCUACGGGCUGGUGGCACCCGCCACGGCCGCCUACCGCGAGGUGUGGCAGGUGAACCUGAAGCCCAAGGGCCUGGGCCAGAGCAAGAACCUGACAGGCGUGUACCGCCUGUGCCUGUCGGCGCGCACCAUCGGCUUCGUGAAGCUCAACUGCGAGCAGCCGUCGGUGACACUGCAGCUCAUGAACAUUCGCCGCUGCGGCCACUCGGACAGUUUCUUUUUCAUCGAGGUGGGCCGCUCGGCUGUCACGGGACCCGGCGAACUGUGGAUGCAGGCCGACGACUCGGUGGUGGCACAGAACAUCCACGAGACCAUCCUGGAGGCCAUGAAGGCUCUCAAGGAGCUCUUCGAGUUCCGGCCGCGCAGCAAGAGCCAGUCGUCGGGCUCGUCGGCCACGCACCCUAUUAGCGUCCCCGGCGCUCGCCGCCACCACCACCUGGUCAAUCUGCCCCCCAGCCAGACGGGUCUGGUGCGGCGCUCGCGCACCGACAGCCUGGCUGCCACCCCGCCGGCUGCCAAGUGCAGCUCCUGCCGGGUGCGCACAGCCAGCGAGGGCGACGGCGGCGCGGCGGCGGGGGCCGGGGCCGGGGCGGCGGGCGGCAGGCCGGUGUCUGUGGCGGACGGCAGCCGCGCGAGCAAAGUGACGCUGGCGCCGGCAGGGGGCGCCCUGCAACACAGCCGCUCCAUGUCCAUGCCGGUGGCGCACUCGCCUCCGGCCGCCACCAGCCCCGGUAGCCUGUCGUCCAGCAGCGGACACGGCUCUGGCUCCUACCCUCCGCCUCCGGGCCCGCACCCGCACCUGCAGCACCCCUUGCACCAUCACGCGGGCCAGCGGCCCUCCAGCGGCAGCGCCUCAGCCUCCGGUUCCCCCAGUGAUCCCGGCUUCAUGUCCCUGGAUGAGUACGGCUCCAGCCCUGGGGACCUGAGAGCCUUCUGUAGCCACAGGAGCAAUACGCCUGAGUCCAUCGCCGAGACCCCUCCGGCCAGGGAGGGCAGCGGGAGCGAAUUGUACGGGUACAUGACCAUGGACAGGCCCCUGAGCCACUGUGGCCGUCCCUACCGUCGAAUCUCAGGGGACGGAGCUCAGGACUUGGAGAGAGGGCUGAGGAAGAGGACUUACUCCUUGACCACACCUGCCAGGCAGCGGCCGGUGCCCCAGCCCUCCUCCGCAUCCCUGGAUGAAUACACCCUGAUGCGGGCCACUUUCUCCGGCAGCUCAGGCCGCCUCUGCCCGUCCUGCCCUGCGUCUUCUCCCAAAGUGGCCUACCACCCCUAUCCCGAGGACUACGGCGACAUUGAGAUUGGGUCCCAUAGGAGCUCCAGCAGUAACCUGGGCACGGACGAUGGCUACAUGCCCAUGACCCCUGGCGUAGCCCUCAUGGGUAGUGGCAGUGGCAGCUGCAAAAGUGACGACUACAUGCCCAUGAGCCCCACCAGCGUGUCUGCCCCAAAGCAGAUCCUGCAGCCACGGGCUGCUGCUGUGGCCUUGCCCCCCACGGGAGCUGCAGUGCCAGCGCCUGCCUCUGCGGCCAGUAGGGCCUUUCCGGUGAACGGGGCCAGCUACAAGGCUAGCUCCCCGGCGGAGAGUUCCCCUGAGGACAGUGGAUACAUGCGCAUGUGGUGUGGCUCCAAGCUGUCGAUGGAGAACACAGACAGCAAGCUGCUUCCCAAUGGGGACUACCUCAACAUGUCCCCCAGUGACGCGGGCACAUCGGGAACCCCGCCUGACUUCUUCUCAGCAGCCCUUCAUGGCGGUGGAGAGCUGCUCAGGAGCGUCCCUGGCUACUGCUACAGCUCCUUGCCCCGCUCCUACAAGGCUCCCUACACCUGCAAUGGGGACAAUGACCAGUAUGUGCUCAUGAGCUCCCCCGUGGGACGCAUCCUGGAAGAGGAGAGGCCGGAGCCGCAGGCCAGUUCGGGAACCACGCAGUCGGCCAGCGUCUUCGUGGCUGGGGUGGGUGGUGGUGGCCACACCCAGCCUCCUCACUCUGUAGUGCCUUCGCCUGGGAGAUUGAGUGGCAGCAGCGGUGGCCGCCAAGAAGGCUUCCUGAACCAGCGUUGCCGGGCAGUGCGUCCUACGCGCUUGUCCCUGGAGGGGCUUCAGACCCUGCCUAGGAUGCACGAGUAUCCUCUGCCGCCUGAGCCCAAGAGCCCGGGCGAGUACAUCAACAUUGACUUUGGUGAGGCGGGAGCACAUUUGUCGCCACCUGCCCCUCCGCUGCUGACUUCGGCGGCCUCCUCCUCCUCGCUGUUGUCUGCCAGCAGCCCAGCCUCAUCCCUGGGCUCUGGUACCCCAGGCACAAGCAGCGACAGCCGGCAGCGCUCCCCGCUUUCUGACUACAUGAACCUCGACUUCAGCUCGCCCAAGUCACCCAAGCCGGGCAUCCAGAGCGGGGACCCGGUGGGCUCCUUGGAUGCCCUCCUGUCCCCCGAGGCCUCUUCCCGGUACCCACCACUGCCCCCACGCCCUGCCGCCCCCGCCUCCUCCCUUCAACCACAGCCGCCCCCACCGCCACCCCCAGGAGAGCUGUACCGCCUGCCUCCAGCAUCCACGUCCCAGGGCCCCAGCGCUGCCUCCUCUUCGUCCUCGGAGACUGGGGACAAUGGUGACUACACCGAGAUGGCCUUUGGCGUGGCUGCCACCCCGCCACAACCCAUCGUGGCCCCCUCGAAGCCGGAAGGUGCCCGCGUGACCAGCCCCACGUCUGGCUUGAAGAGGCUGAGUCUCAUGGAUCAGGUGUCUGGAGUCGAGGCCUUCCUGCAGGCUGGCCAGCCCCCAGACCCACACCGGGGGGCCAAGGUCAUCCGCGCAGACCCGCAGGGGGGCCGCCGCCGCCACAGCUCCGAGACCUUCUCCUCGACCACCACUGUGACCCCCGUGUCCCCGUCCUUCGCCCACAACUCGAAGCGCCACAACUCAGCCUCCGUGGAAAAUGUCUCUCUCAGGAAAAGCAGCGAAGGGGGCGGCAGUGGCGUCCUCGGUGGAGGUGAUGAGCCCCCCACAUCCCCCCGCCAGUUGCAGCCACCGCCCCCCCAGCAGGGGCGGCCAUGGACAUCGAGUCAGCCUGGGGGCCUGGUUGGCUGCCCUGGGGGAAGUGGCUCUCCAAUGCGCAGGGAGACGUCUGCCGGCUUCCAGAAUGGCCUCAACUACAUCGCCAUCGAUGUGAGGGAUGAACCAGGGCUGUCAUCGCCGCCGCCGCAGCACCCGCAUACGCAGCAGCACCCACAUCCGCAGCCAGGUGACAAGAGCGCCUGGGGCCGGACCCGUAGUCUCGGCGGUCUCAUCAGCGCUGUGGGAACCAACAGCACCGGUGGGGUGUGUGGGGGGUCGGGCCCUGGCGCCCUGCCCUCCGCCAACACCUAUGCCAGCAUUGACUUCUUGUCCCACCACCUGAAGGAGGCCACCAUUGUGAAAGACAUCCAUGAUCUAUCCAGGAAAGCCCCCUUCUCCUCCUGUGCGGAGGAGGCCUCCUGGCCACCAGCAGCCCCCUCCACCCAUAAUGCCUCCUGCUCUGAAAGCCUACCGCUGCUGGACCCUCUGCCCUCUGCCACAGUGGCCACUGUUGUCAGAGGAGGGCAGUCCCACUUGGCUGGGCAGCUCUGUGUUACCAACCCAUCAGGCUGAUGGAGUCAGUUCCAGAGUGAAGAUCUGCUGUCUGGCUUUAUCACCACGACAUCACACAUCAGAGAAUCCCAUAAAAAGAAGAUGCUCAGCAUUUUUUUUCUAACCUGAAGCUGCUUACAAUUUUUCUUUUGGACCUGAGCAAUUACUAGGUUUUGAGACAUCUGUGACUUUAUUAAACGUGGAACCAACCAACAAGGCAAGAACACAUGCCUCGCUCGCUUGUUCCCAUACGGGGCAUUCAUCCUUGUGCUGUUUGUGUUGUUUUUUGUUUGUUUUCUUAACACAAUUUGCCGAAGAAGUUAUUCUCCAAAAAAUUGGAUGUGUUCAUUGGCCUUAUCAAUUGUGGCCAGUGUCUUAAUUUCUCUUUACUUUCAUUUUGGCAAAGCAAAUUUGUCCCUCAGCAUGCUAGGUGAUUCUACCAAUACCCAUUAAAGUGGUAAAAUCUGGUAUUUACUGGCAUACACUCGAAACUACCACAGUCCUACCUCAGUUCCAGGUAAAGCCGGAUUUGUGUGGUUAGGGGCCGGCAGGACCUCCUGUGUAUCUCUGCUGAAUGUGUCGCAAGUGUGGUCAUCAGCCUUAUUAAACUGGUUCCAGUACACAGCUGCUUGUUGGACUCCAAUCCAGGUACUUGCGUGUUUACUCACAGACAGAGCCCAGUAUGGGACUGACAGUUCUCAAUUGAAAUGAAAUUUGAGAUUGGACUUUGAAGAUGGAUUAAUAAAUAAUAAAUAUAUGUAACUGAAGCAACCUACUUUUGAAAAUCAUCAACUGUAUGAUUGGGUAGUAGGGGUUGGGGGGAGGGGUUUGGGAAGGGGGUGAAUAUCUCUUUUUACCUUUAACAGACUUGGUGAAUCUCUCUAAUGUAGAUGUUUAUGUAGGUACUUCAAAUUGCAAAAGCCUUUGAUCCUAUUUACAAGCUCAAAUGUCUCUGCUAUCCUUAAUCUUGAGCUUGCAUUUCUUUAACCAAAAAUUCACGUAGGCAUGUUAGCAAUUCAAGGGUGGUCACCGGUUUAGCAGAUUUUAAAAAAAAUGUAUUUAUUAUCUUUACUCUAAUGUUAUCGUGUGGGCCACGAGGCUGCCCUGAACAACAACAAAAAGAAAUAAAAAGGAAGGAAAGAAACUGAUAAAAGAGCCAUUCUGGCCCCUGUGUUAUUAAUGGAAAAAGAAGAAAAACAAUCUCACAGGACAUGUCACUUGUGGAAAAAUUCCUGACAAGACUACCGUCGUUUUUCUGUUUUCAGUGUUCUGAAAAUACCAGUGUUGUGGCGAUUAUCACAGGUGUCACCUAAAACUGCUGCCCUUGACCAGCAGAAUGUCACGUCAUCUCGCUGCUCCCUUGACACGUGAUGGAGGGCUGUAGACCUUUUUCUCCCAUGGGUGCGUCCCCAGUGCCUAUCUUCUUUGAUAGUCCUGUAGAGGUUACACUAGUUCAUUGGAGGUGUGAGCUUUUUUUUUUUUUUUUUUUGGAGAAAAAAAAAUAUAUAAAUAUAUAGAUAUAUAUCACUAUAGAAUAAUGCAUUAAUAAAAAUGAGGCUUUUUUAAGAGGAAGACCAAAAAAAUUCAAUGUCUUAAAAAUAUAUUUAAUGGCAAUGCAAAAGUCUUCCUGCUUCCAUGCUGAACUUUUAGAACAGAGGAUUGUAUUGCAAGACAAAGUUGAAUGUAAAGUGAUCCCCCUGAACAUUUUUAAAGUUUUACUUUUCUAAAAUUACACAUCACAACAGUGCAUAGACCAUACAAUGUUAGUUUGAAGGUCAGUUUCCGUGUAUAAUAUAUAUACUUUAUAAAAAUGUAUAAAAUGUCCUAAAGUUUUGAUUUAGUUUUGGGUCUAGGAAUGGUUGGGUGGUAUUUGCUUUGUAACGCUCCCCAGGUACAAUAGAACUGAAUAUGGACCCCACUGAAUACAGUGUAUGGCGCGUAUUUAAGUAGUUCUCUAUACUUAGAGUAGUCAUGCCACUAUACAAAUGGUUCAUGUUCAUACUGCAACUUACAACAAGCAAAAUAAAAAGUUGAUAAUAUACUAAAUUUUUCUCUAUCCUGUACAUUUCAAAAAAAAAAGGCAUAUGCAAUAUUUACAUUUUUAAUUUAGUUUACAGAAUGGAACCAAAAUGUAUAAAUGUUAUGUUUGCUAAAACUUCACAAUGUAUAUUGGGUCUUUGUACAUUUUGCCUGACUUACCUUAAAUUUAAAAUAUUUUUUGCUAUAUAAACUUUAACAGUUAUUAAACAGUGUUUUCUUUUGGGGUACGUAUUGUUUCUGGAUAUCGAGAUGUUAAAUAUAUUUCUUGCUAUUGUGAUAUGACAAAAGACUUACCUUAUCUUGCUCUGUCUUCCACUGUACACGCUGUAUAUAAGGGUCAAUGUGACGCUGCUGGAGACAAGAAUAAAUGGAACUAGAAUAGUGCAUUGUAUUUAGUCUGUAUUGAUCAUGGAUGCUCUCCUUAAUAGCCAUAUGCAAUAAAAUAAAAUACAUUAUUUAUGAAAUGAA